AUGCACCCUUUAGCGGCCCAGCAGCAGCAGCAGCAGCAACAGCAGCAGCAAAAAGCUGCAGCAGUAGCAGCAGCAACUGCAGCAGCGGCAACAGCAGCAGCAGCAGGAAGCGCUGCAGCAGCAGCAGCAGUUAGCUCAGCUAGAGCAGCACUGUCAGGGGCAGCAGCGAUAGCAGCAACAGCAGCAGCAGCAGCAGCAGCAGCAGCAGCAGCAGCAACAGAAACAGCAUUAACACCAGCAACUGCAGUAACAACGGCACCAGCAACAGCAGCAACAGCAGCAACAGCAGCAGCAGCAGCAGCAGCAGCAGCAGCAGCAGCAGCAGCAAGGGGCUCCAAUGGCUCCUUCUAA